AUGCCCCAGGCCAUCGCCGCCGCCGAGGCUGGUGUCACCCUGAUCUCUCCCUUCGUCGGCCGUAUCCUUGACUGGUACAAGAAGGCCACCGGCAAGGAGUACACUGCCGAGGACGACCCCGGAGUUGUCUCCGUCCGCGAGAUCUACACCUACUACAAGCAGCACGGCUACCCGACGAUUGUCAUGGGUGCGUCGUUCCGCAACACUGGUGAGAUCAAGGCUCUUGCCGGCUGCGACUUCCUCACGAUCUCGCCCAAGCUUCUCGAGGAGCUCAAGAACUCGACCGACCCCGUCCCCCAGGUCCUCUCGCCGGAGAAGGCCAAGGCCGCCAAGCCCCUGCAGAAGGUCUCGUACAUCAACGACCAGCCCAAGUUUGCCUGGGACCUGUUCGAGAACCAGAUGGCGUUCGAGAAGCUCACCGAGGGCAUCCGCGGCUUCGCCAAGGACGGCAACACGCUCAAAGAGCUCCUCAAGGGCAAGAUUUCCGCUUAA